CCAACCUGCCAGCCAACCACCAUACUCCUCCCCUUCCCUCUCCCUCCUUCCCUUCCUUCCCUUUCCCUUUCCCCUCCCUUCCCUCCCAAUCCCUCAGUCCGUAAGGCCCAUUGUAGACCAGGAAGAAGGGUAUUCAUACAGCAAUUGUAGUCUAUGUGUGUAUAGUCUACAUGUGUGUGGGUGUGUGUGCACAUGUGUAUGUGUGUAUGUGUGUGUCCCUUGCUUCUGGGCGAUUGCAUUAUACUUACAGAACGUACAGUAAAAAGAAAGCGCCGCCCGCCCGUUCAUUCGGGUCAUCGCCUCGUCCUUUCCCUUUAAAUGGGAUCCUCUUUUUCUUCUUCUUCCUCUCAUUCCUCCGCCUUCGCUGUCUUCCUCUGUCUUCUCUUUUUCCUCUGUCUUCCUCUCUCUCUCUCUCAUCCUUCACUGUCGUCGUCGUCGUCGAGUGUUCGUCCCUUCCUCUUCGCCCUCCCGCUUCCCCCUUCUGCCUCUGUCCACCGCUGCCCAGCGUCCCUCCUCCUCCCCCUCCCUGUCUCCAUCAUCCGCCCAUUCCUCGCUCGGUCGCCGACCCUCUUCCUUUCAGUCGGUGCUGCUGUCGCCAUCUCUUCAUUUUCUACCUCUCUACCCUCCCUCGUUGGUGUGCCAAACACUCGCUCUGCUCUGUCUCCCGCCUCCUGCUCUCGGGACCUGCUCUUUCUUCUUGCACAGGUAAAGAACGUACUCUAAUUAUAUCCCCUCCUCAUCCUCGCACUGCUGCUGCUGCUGCUGCUGUGUGCGCCUUUUCCACUUGCCCAUAGUCCCAUCUCCCUUUUCCUUAUUACUCCAUCUUAUUUUAAACUUGCGCCCUCUUAUAAGCAAGCACCAUUUCCCCCCUCUCCCUCGCCAUCCUCACGCCUUUCGGUCGACUGUCUACGCCGGCUUUAUUUCCCCUCAACUGUCCCUCUUCUUCACUCUCUUCCGUCCCCCCUCACGGCCGUUGUCCAACUGAAUUUCCCUCCACUCUGCCUUUGGAAGCA